AGGAGCAGUUAGCAAACAGCUGCACUGGUCACACCACACCGUCACACAGUUCACUGAGACAGACCGAGCUCCAUCAGCAACACAAGCCCCCAUGGACCGACAACUGUGUGACUGUGUGAUUGCUUUGGCUGUACUGCUGUGUGUGACUACACAGGUGCUGUGCCAGUUGUGUGACAGGCCAUGCGUUUGCCCCAAUCCUGUCCCUCAGUGCCCCACAGGAGUACCCCUGGUGCUGGAUGGCUGCCGGUGUUGCCAGGUGUGUGCCCGGCAACUAGGCGAGUCCUGUACUGAGAUGGUUCCCUGUGACAACCUGCGAGGGCUUCAGUGCGACUACAGCGCCAGCUUCCCUGGGUUACCUGGGGAGUGUGUCAGUCAGAAGGAUCUGGGCUGUGAGGUCAGUGGGAUCUUUUACCAGGAGGGGCAGUCGUUCCAGCCCUCCUGUGACACUUACUGCCGCUGCAGGGGGGGCGGGGUGACCUGCGUGCCAGCUUGUCCACUGAAUGCUCGUCUUCCCACUCCAGACUGUCCCAACCCACAAUACAUCCGACUACCUGGGAAAUGCUGCAAGGAAUGGGUGUGUGAAAACCUUGAAAACACGGUCAUUCAGGAUGCAAUUACAGCAAUGAAACCGGAUCAGUUAUGGCCAUCUUUGCAGAGGCGUCACCUUCAAAACAACAAGUUUUCGCCUGCCUCCUCUUGUGUAGAGCAGAGCACCCAGUGGAGUGCCUGUUCCCAGAGCUGUGGGGCGGGGGUCUCCACACGGGUUUCUAACCAGAAUCCUGCAUGCAAACUGCAAAUAGAAACUCGCCUGUGUAAGGUGCGACCUUGCCACACUUUCCAGCCGGCCCCAAGGAAGCCCAUGUGGGGACAGAAAGGAAAUUGCAAGUCCAGCUACACGUCACCGGGACCCAUUCGGCUAGUUCACCAGGGCUGCUACAGCACUCAUGCCUACCGAGUCCGUUACUGUGGUCAGUGCACUGACUCGCGAUGCUGCACACCUUACCAAACCAGCACUGCUGAGGUGACCUUCCGAUGUCCCACUGGCAGACUGCUGCAACGAGCUGUAAUGAUGAUCCAGUCAUGCGCCUGUCAUAAUAACUGCCCCUAUGCACCUUUUACAAAUCCUGCUCUGUGGGGAUACAGACCCUGAUCAGUGUGUAAGAGCACGGACUCACUAAAACUAUAGACUUCAGUGAAUGUUUCAAUGGCUUCACAAUAAAAGUAUCCCCAGGUGGAUUGACGUAAACAACGAAUGGACACUGAAAGAGAAUAUUAUUAUUUUAGAAAACUGUGAUUUUGGAUGAAUAUGUCUGCACUUAUUUACAGCUCACAACUUCUGGAAAGCAUCAUUCUGCCAGUUUGUGACUUCAUCUGAGAGUCAAUAGAAAACAAGUAGACGUGUUUUACAAGAAAGGGAGAAAAGAAACAUAAAUGUAGGAGAGCUAGGGACUGUAAUAUACAUGUAUAACUCACAAAGUAAGUUCUAGAAAUACUUUUACAAAUAACUUUCAGAUGUGCACUGAUUUGGUUUCUUUUUUCCUCCCAGAAUUGUUCAGUACAGUGAUUCCCAAUAAUGUUUCGCCUUGGAUAUCAAAAGCAAUAUUUUAAAAACACUGAAAACAUCUUGACUGUUCCCAAAUCUUUAGGCUAAAGUUAAACACUACGUAGAUAUACUAUAAUUCAGUUUUGGGAAAAUGGAUCAAAUUAAACUCAUCCAAUAUUGUUGAAAUCUGGCCUGUAAAAAGAGAAGCAUGUCACCUAAAAUCUAUAUUAUAACUUAAAGACAGUUGACCAUGAUGUCAACUGGUCAUGAACAUACUUUUAAAGACUGAUUUUUUUAUUUCUAACUUGUAACUUGUGUCUAUAAAUUCAACUUUCAGUGAUGUAGAAAUAUGUAUUUGUUAAAGACAUAACCCACAGAACGAUUACAACUUUUGUAAUGACAAUUUCUAGAUAUUCUCUGACGUGAGCAAUGCAGCUUUUAACUUUUGAACUUUGUGUGUGUGUGUGUGUGUGUGUGU